GACUGAUAUUAUGCAUGUUUCUUUUUUUAAUAGCUAAGGCAUGGAUGAGAUUGUCCUUCCAGCACUAAUGGUCAUAUUUCCAAUAUUGGCAGUUGUAUUGUCAGUAAUAUUAACACUUAUUGUCCGCCAUACCAUUGUCAAGUUAAAAAAUGUGGACAGACUCAGAGUACGGGUUUUAGACAUUUCUAUUAGGACACACAACAAUGAUAGAAGGAGAAGGAGACCAUAACUGCAGCUCUGGGAACGAGGCAGAGAUGUUUGGUGAAAUGCUGAUGAGACAUAAAUUAGAGGCUAUGGCUUAUAAAAAGCCCAAACCUGGGACCUUUUGUAAAUAUCAGACUGAAGACAGACUGAUAAAAACUGAAAGAAUGAAAAAGACAAGACUCAUAAAAGAGCUGACAAGAAUUGGGGGAAAAUUAAAAACUCACAAUAAAGAACCAGUUGAGUGUCUAUUCAUCAUAAAAAACAAAUCAACUAACCGUUUUAAAUAUGUGGGUUUUGGAGACGUUUGUGAAAAAUUUGAGAGUGGCUUGCCUAUUACUAAACACAUUUCCAAGUGCAGAAAAUAUACCUUUCCAGAGCAGGGAUAUUUUCCGAAUACAGAAGAAGUCAACAAAGACAUUGAACAGUUGACACCGAACAAGUACUCAUUUGGGUUUAUUGAUACAGGAAAUCAACAAUCAACAUCGAGCAACAUGACUCUCUGUGAAUUGCAAAAGAAACGAAUAAAUUCAAUGGAAAUUAAUGAUUUAGAAACCAUCAACAUUAAAAGAAAGAGGGAACUGUUCAGCCAGAAGGCUAGAGGGAAAGGAGCGAGGGGAGGAGGGAGACAACAGUUUAGAGAAAUAUCAAGUGAUUCUGAGAGUCAAUCAGAUGGUGCCGUGAACAAAAGGUUAAAAAAGGCUAAUCGGGGAAGAGGAAGAGGAAGAGGCGCACCCAAAGGAAAGGGAAGAGGAAAGACAUCCCAAAGAAGAACAACUGAAGCUAAUGCACCUGAACAACAGGAAGAAAAGGACCUAAGUGAUGAAAUACCAAUUAUCAUCCAUGAGCGCAAAAGGAACAAUGUACCCAAGGCAGGAACCAGCAAUGACCAUGAUGACAGUUUAAAUGUACAUUCUUCAUUUUCAAGUUGA